CUCGGGUUAUUUGUUCCCAAGCUCCCCAGGUUUAAGGAGUGGCGUUUUGCAUUUGGGUGCUGAGGUGUUGCGAGUUAAUAUAGCGUUUGAAGCAAAGGUGCCACACAAAAGUAAACGGGAGCUGCCCCAGAUCAAUGUGCUGCCGAUUUUCUGCUUGCUCUGUUUGCUGUUAAAGAGGUUUUCCUUUCAGCUGGUUUGUUUGCUGGGCAGUCCUACAGGCUGCUGCGGAACCAGCGUCUGCAACUUGUCCAAAGUACUGAUGGGGAUACUUUACUCUGAGCCAAUCUGCCACGCGGCGUAUGAAAAUGAUUUUGAGGAGAUAUAUAAGGCGCUGCGUGAAAGUAAUGAUGUGAACGUUCAAGAUGCGAAAUAUGGAGACACUGCAAUCAUCGCUGCAUGCCGAGGGGGCAAUAAUGAAAUGAUUGAGUUUCUUCUGACGAAAAAUGCUGACGUCAAUUUCAGAAACAAGAAGGGAAGAACAUGUUUGCAUUAUGCUGUAAGAAAAAAGUUUUCCUUCCUAGAUUACCUGCUGAUCGUCAUAUUGAUGCCCAUCUUGCUGCUUGGCUAUAUCAUAAUGGAAUCCAAGAAGAAACAGCAUGAAAGUCUGAUAAGGCUACUACUCGAAGCUGGAGCAAAUGUGAAUGCUGUAGACAAUAAAGGCAACACAGCCCUUCAUUAUGCUUGUGGAAUGAAAAAUCUAAGGACUGCUUCUAUUCUUCUUCGAGCAAACGCAGAUUCAUCUAUCGUUAAUCUGAAUAAAGAAACUCCACUGGAUAUAGCCACUCGGUUGAAGUUUUUCAAACUUGUUGGUAUUCUUCGGAAAAAAUCCUAGAGGCAGAAAGUUGAAGUUGAGCAUCUGUCCAAAAGAAAGAUGUUUUUAUUUAUGUGAGAAAUGAAUGCUCACUAAACUCCCAUUUAUACUACUUGUGCAAAAUAGUCUUUCAUCAUUCUAACAUAUUUUAUAUUUCACAAUAUUAAGCCUAGAUUAGGCUUAGACUAGACUAGCCUAGAUUGUUCCUGCUGAUUUUAGAAACUUUCAUUACAGUAAUAAGUUAUUUUGCUUGCAAUCAAGGUUGAUGGGAGAAGUUCACCAAUUAUUGGAAGGACGUUUCUGUCAAACAUGGGCCUUCACAAUGGAUUGUUACUGUGAGCCAUUUUGUCAAAGAACGACAAAACACCAAUAAUUUUAAGUUUCUUCCCUUUCUUUGCUCCAAACUAGAAUAACUAUUGCCAGCAGUAGCAAAAUAGGCCUUGUGUGUUUUGCCAGUUGCUAUGUAAGUAGAGCUUCCGGUAUUCAGUUCACCCAGUGAGAUCUUGGUAUUGCAAUUUAGUAUUGCAAUUCCCGAAACCAGAAUGUGUAAAGGCUGAUUAGUCUGCUGCCUGGAAAAAGGUUUCAAUCCCAAUUUGAAACAAAACAUUGCACAAUCCUGGGCUGAAGCACACCUUGAAACAAAUUAGUCAUUAUAAUGUGUGUAGAAAGAGCUGUUGUAGGAAAUUAUGUUGAAAUGGGGACUUGAGGUUAAAGUAUGUUAGGAAGACAUAGAGACCAGUCAUUUUGUGCCUUAUUAAAGCAAGGUGAGCAUGAUCCUCACCUGCAUGACUGAAAUGUGUGUUCUACUCAUUGGCAUCAGUCAUUGAUGAAAUAUUAAAAUAAUUGUACCACAAACA